AUGGAGCUCGCGGUCAACAGGCGCUACAGCGGCUGCUGCAUGAGAUGCGUAGUGGCUGCGCGGGACUACAUGAAGCAGCUGUGGGAGACUUGGGACCGGCCCUUCCUGGAGCGCCCUGCCACUCUUGUCCGCGGCCGCUCCGCGGCUGAACCCAAUUUGAUGAACACCGUUGUGUUCUUGGUAGAGACCGCGCAGACAGUGUCCAUCCUGUUUGUCAACUAUAAGGGCCAGCCUUGGAUGAAAGGACUGACUGAGAACAGAGCCCUCUUCUUCUCCGUUUUCAUAAUGUCCGGCUCUAUGGUGGCGGCCGCUUGGGAGGUGUUCCCAGAGAUCAACGCGUUGAUCCACUUGUCACCUUUCCCCAACGACAGUUUCCGAUGGCGAAUCAUGGCCCUUGUGUUCACCACCUUGUUCGGCACCUUCCUGUGGGACAGGGCGUGCGUGGCCAUGUUCGCGCCAGACAUAUUUGCGGCCAUGGUGGAUUCGGCGAGGAGGACCACCUUCAAGGACACUGGCCUUGAUGCCCUCUGGGCCCAUGCUGGACCAGGCAGGAGGAACAUAAUGUGA